CCCCACUUACAUAGCCACAACCCACAACGAGCACUUGCGUAUUGUGAUCUUUCCACUGCGCGUGCUUCCCUCGUAGCUCAUCACCAAUCUACCCGCAGCUCAGCUCCUCACCGGCGAUGGGGAACUGCCUGGUGAUCCAGGACAGAAGGGAGAUCAAGGUGAUGAGCGUGGUCGACGGCGAAGUCCUCAAGCCGCUCCCGGCGCCACCCCUCUCCAAGGGCGCCCUCGCACGCGUCUCCGGCUCCUCCGACGCCGACGACGCGCUCCGGCCGCAGAAGCAAGGCCUCGACGGCCGGGCGGGCGGCAUGGGGCAGUUGCACCGCCUGUUCCCCUCCGAUGCUAAGGCGCCUCCUGCCGCCGCGGCUGACCCGGAGGGCGCCGUCGUGAGGGUGAAGCUGGUCAUCAGCAAGCAGGAGCUGAGGAGGAUGCUGGGCAAGGACGACGAGGCCGUCUCCAUGGACGACAUGGUGGCUCUCCUGCGAGGAGGGUCGGAGGACCGGAAGCAGGAGGACGUCGGUUGCUACAGAGGGUGGCGGCCUGCCUUGCAUAGCAUACCUGAAGGCAGCGGUGAUCUAUAUUCUAUAUUAGCAUAAGAAAUUAGCUGGAAGAAAAAUACAUAUAUGGAUACUAAGCAUAAGAAAAUAUGCAUGUAUUUAUAUUCACAUAGUAGAAAAUAGAGGUCAUAGUUGGGUAGAUUUUCUGCUAGUAGUUUUGGGAUAGGGGUUAUCUUCAGGUUGUCUUGUUUGGUGGGUGCAUAUACCAUGUAAGACAAGUUAAAGAUAGUCCUGGAAAUCAAACGAGACAAUAUAAACUUAAUUAUUGAUGGCA